AUCAUCCUUUACCUUCUUGGCCUUAUCUUCUCUCUCUCCAUCUCCCCUCACUCCUCCUCCAAUGGAGUCCCUCUCCAUGAUUCUCUCCUUUUCUCCACCACCCCAAAACCACCUCAAAGCCCAGAAACCAUCCACCUCUCCACCAACCUCUCUUCCCCAAACCACCACCAUUCCCGCCAUUUCCACUUCCCUGCCACCCAAUUCUUCCCACGCCCAAUUUCCCUCCACCAAAAACACUCCUCACACCCCAAUUUUCCUUCUCAAACCCACUCAUUUUCCCCACAGAUUACCAAAAACCCAACUCACAUUCCUCCUCACCGAGCUCAUUGCAACCACCCCAUUUGCCCUUCCUUCUUUCGCUUCCGAAUCUGCAGCCUCCGCACCGGAGCAAGUUUCCGACAAAAUAAACCUGGAAUCAGUCUUGGUCUCGAUCGAUGACUUUUUCAAUCGGAACCCGUUUUUCGUUGCUGGGUGCACGUUCGUAUGGCUGGUUGUGAUUCCUCUGGUUCAGGCGUAUUUGAGAAAGUACAAGUUUGUCCUCGUCAUUGACGCGUUUCGGAAGCUCCGGGACGACCCGAAUGCUCAGCUGUUGGAUAUUCGAGACCAGAAGAGCUUGGGGUACCUGAAGUCUCCGAAUUUGAAGAUUUUGAACAAGGGUACUGUGCAGGUUCCGUUUUCGGAGGAUGACGAAGCUGGGUUUGUGAAAAGGGUUUUGGAGAGGUUUGCGAACCCAGCAGAGACUGUGCUUUGUGUUCUGGGCAAUUUUGAUGGAAUUUCCAUCAAAGUGGCUGAGUUACUGUUCAAGAAUGGUUUCAAAGAGGCUUAUGCAAUCAAGGGUGGGGUUGGAGGUACAAAAGGGUGGCUGGAAUCACAAGAAACUCUUUUGCCACCUUCUAUGCAUAUAUACCCCAAGAAGAAGGUUAAAACUUCACAAGAAACUGUGACAAACGGAGUUGUUCGGGGAAAGGAAGACAGCAAUGGUGCUGUCACUUCCAGAAAUUUGUCCACAGGAGAAAGUCAAACGACAGACAAUGGACGCACAACCAAGUCUACCGACUCCGCAUCACAAAUGAAAAAUGGCUCUAGAUCAUCCUCUCCCUACCCAAGCUAUCCAGAUUUGAAACCGCCAUCUUCCCCAACUCCAUCGAAGCCCUGAGAUCGACGCUGUGACUUGUCUUGCUCAGAAGUGGUGCCUCCGGUUGGGCGAAGCAUAAAUUUUCACAAGUUUUGCCGAUCAUUAGUUCUAUAUUCAUCAUAUCGAGGAGAGGUUAUUGAUAAAUGACCGGCGUUGUAUGUCUUAGUAGCAGUAAAUUUCUAGUUCCGAAUUUUCGUAUCAGCUGUAUAUUUUGUAAUAAGUGUAUUGUGUAUUUGAGCUAACAUUUGUCCCAUGGUUAUCGUUGCAGCGGAAUCGAUUUAUGAAACCAUUCGAAAUUGCACAAAUCA